CUUCUCAACUCUCCCAUCUCACCCCUCCCCCUUACCCCGAUGUCAGCAGUCAAACUAUACGUCUACGACCUCAGCAGGGGCAUGGCCAAGUCCAUGUCCCUCGGGCUGACGGGCAAGCAGAUCGACGGCAUCUGGCACACCUCGGUCGUCGUGUUCUACGGGCGCGGUAUCAUGGAGGCGGCGCCGGGCACCACGCACCACGGGCAGCCGCUCCAGGUUAUUGACGUCGGCGAGACACGCAAGUCGGCUAGGCUACCGUUCCGAGUCCACAGCCACAUCGACGCCGACACGUUCCAGGAGUACCUCUUCUCCCUGUCCGAGCUGUACACCGCCUCGGCGUACCACCUCACCGACUUCAACUGCAACAACUUCACCGCGGACGUCGUCGGCUUCCUCACUGGCGCCGAGAUCCCCUCGUGGAUCUCGGGCCUGCCGUCCGAGUUCCUCGCGACGCCAUUCGGCCAGGCGCUCAGGCCGACCAUUGACGCAAUGUUCCGUCAGUCGAACGAGGCCGAGCGGAGUGCGUUCGGCGGUUCGCCCGCGGCGGCUGCGACUCCCGCACCCCGCGCUGCACCUCCUGCCGCAGCGCCGCAGCCCACACCGCAGGAUCUCGCGUCCGCGCUGCUGUCGGCGGUCGCGCAGCAGGCCGCUGGUGGUGGUGGCACGACGUCGGCACCGCCCAAGCCCAACCCGACGAUUGCGGCGCUGACGCUCGUGACCUCGCGUGCCAACUUUGCGUCGAUUCUCAAGGACAACACGGCCGUCGUGGCAAACUUUACCAACACGGCUGGGUGCCCGCCGUGCCGCGCGAUCAAGCCCGCGUACGAGACGAUCGCGGAGAACAACACUGCAGUGUACGGGCACAAGGGCACGCGGUUUGUCGAGGUCGAGCUCGACCGCGGCGACGGACAGAGCUUGGCCCAGCAGUACGGCGUCACUGCCACCCCCACGUUCAUCUUCUUCAAGGACGGCAAGCAGGUCGACGUCAUGCGCGGCGCGGACAAGCGCGGGCUCGAGGCCCGUGUCGAGUCGUUCCUAGACGACUGCUUCCCCCAGCACCCGCACAAGCGGCUGUACCUCGCCGUGACCUCCAAGCUGUCCACCGAGCCGAUUCUCGCAACGGCGACACCAGCGUACCCUGCCCUCCUUGGCAAGAUUGAGAGCUUUGGCGUUGGCGGUGCCGACCUCGAGACUCUCAAGAAGGCCGCCGCAUUCCUCCAGGCUCCUGCGUCGUUGAACGAUGCGCAGCUUGGUGACCUGCUGACGCAGUGGACGAACACGACCCGCACGCUUCUCAGAAAGCUCAAGCCAGAACAGACGUUCCCCCUCAUCGACCUGUGGCGCAUCGCGCUGCUCAACGCACGGGUGGCUGCUAUCCUCACCGUGAGGUUAUCGCCCAUGGCACCCGGCGCCGAGCCCGUCAAUGCCAUCCUCGCACUGGCCGCCUCGCAGCUCAAGGAGCGUGGCGGCAGCACACCACGGCCGCUGGUCCUCACCGCCCUCCGGCUGAGCACCAACCUCCUCGGUCCGCUCCCACUCGCCAACCUGGUGCUCGCGCCGGGCGGUGCGACGCUCCAGGCCGACCUGCUUACGCUCCUUGUCGACUCGCUCCUCCACCCCGAGGUGAGCGUGCGCAAGGCGGCUGCCGACGUCGCGGUCAACGCGGCCGCAUGGCGCCACCGCCUCGCUAAGGAGCGCGCUGCGGCCGAGGGAGUCUCGGGUGAAGACGACGACGGCAUCGAGGCAGAGUGGGAGGUCGAGGGAGUGAGCGCUCUGCUCGAGGCCAUUGGACGGGAAGAGGACGCCGAUGUUGGACACCGCCUCCUUGUCGCAACUGCGCUGCUGCUCUACCUUGCGCCAUCGUUUAACGACUCCCUCAAGCCGCUCCUCGAGGUGCUGAAUGCCAGCGAGACGCUCGAGGCGGCAGGCAAGCGGUGGGGCAAGAAGGACGUGCGCAAGCUGGCAGACGAGGUGGCGACGAAGCUGUGCUAGGCGAACCUGUACGAAAGCGACAAGCGACGGGGAGACUGUGCGACUGAAGGCAAGCGUCACGUCGCUUCCAGAAUUCCAGUUGAGGUUCCGACGGUUGUUGUUGGGUUGGAUGUCGACAUCUGACUGCGACCGCUCCACACCAAGGCACUCUUCGAACCGGAGCAUUUACCCUUGCACGAGGCAUUACGAACUGUAACAUAGAGUGGAG